AUGCACCGGUCCAAGGGGGAGGAGGAUGAUUAUUGGAACACUUCUCAGUUCAAAGCUUUUACCUUCGACGACGACGAAGACGAUUUCACCAAGCUCAGAGAGUCUCGUUUGGCCGUGAACAGCAUCAAACUCACAGACGACGAUGAAGACGACGUGGAGAAAGUCAACUGGAGCGGAGAACCUGUGGGGAGUAUCUCGUGGUUGGUUGGAGAGACGUCGGCCUCGUCCAAUCAGAAGACAGAUUUCCCCAAAGUGAGCUCAGAGUCCAGUUUGAACAAGACCGGGUCCGGACUGUCCCUGAGCGGAGAUGUCCAGAUGUUUCAUUCCUAUUUGGAGGCAGAACAGCAGAGACUUUACUCCAUGUUGUCUACUGAAGUGUCUUCUGUGACCUGGGCAGGAUUAGCAAAAGUCACUCUGACUCAAGUAAUACUCUUUAAUAGACGAAGAUCAGGUCAGGUGUCCAAAAUGCCUCUGUCAGCAUAUAUGUCUCCAAAAAACCAAGAUGUGCUGGAAGACCUGGGUGAAGCACUCUCUGAUUUAGAAAAGAAACUGUGUCAACAUUUCCGAAGGCUGGAGAUCAGGGGGAAGAGAGGGAGAAAGGUUCCAGUCCUUUUGACACCUGCGAUGCAGGAAUCUUUAGAUCUUCUUGUCACUAAAAGGGACAUGUGUGGAGUUCCCCAGGAAAACACAUACCUCUUUGCCAGACCACAUGCAUUUUCCUGUUAUCGUGGGUCUGAGUGUCUCCGGCAUUUUGCCAAGGCCUGUGGAGCAAAAAACCCAGAUACCCUCACCUCAACCAAACUGCGCAAACAAACAGCAACUUUGUCACAAGUUCUAAACCUCAGCAACACAGAGUUGGAUCAGCUGGCUGAUUUUCUGGGGCAUGAUGUGAGAGUUCAUAGACAAUUCUACAGACUUCCUGAAGGUACACUUCAACUUGCUAAAAUAAGCAAGGUUCUCAUGGCUCUGGAGCAAGGGCGCAUGGCUGAAUUCAAGGGCAAGGGCCUAGAUGACAUCACUAUUGACCCAGAGGACACUGUUAUGGCCGACAGCGAUACUGAGUCACAAGAGGAUGUGGUCACCAUCAGUCAGGGAGAGGACGAGUUGGGGGCUGAAGUUCUUGAUGAGAUCUACACAAGCCAAGAAACUAAAAAAGCAAAAUGCGAAGAAGCUGUUGUCACUCCCAGUCAGGGAAUGGAAGUGGAGAUUGAAAUGUCAGAUGAGUCUGACACAACAUCUCAGCCUGUAAAAACAUCUAAAGGAGCGUGGAGCCGUAAAGGGAGUCAAACUAAAAGCAAAGGAGUCAAAAGGAGAAUGUGGGACAAGCAAGAGGUCCAGGCUGUGGAGAGGCACCUAUCGCAAUUCAUAAGCAGCUGUCGUGUUCCUGGAAAAAGUGACUGUGAGAAGUGUGUACAGCUCGAGAAGGAUGGGGCAGUGCCUGAUUUUUUUGGCUGCUCUAGAACCUUCAGAAAGGGUGGUUCCCACAAGGCACGGUCUAGUCAGGUGGUCCCACAAGUCCAAAACUUAGAAAAUCAGAACCAGGAACAAAACGAGAGGAUCCAAAACUUAGAAAAUCAGAACCAGGAACAAAACGAGACGAUCCAAAACUUAGAAAAUCUGAACCAGGAACAAAACGAGAGGAUCCAAAACUUAGAAAAUCAGAACCAGCAACAAAACGAGACGAUCCAAAACUUAUUAAAUCAUAACAAACUGCACGAGACAGUCCAAAACUUAAUCAAUCGGAACCAGGAAAAAAACGAGACGAUCGAAAUGUUAGAAAAUCAGAACCAGGAACAAAACGAGACGAUCCAAAACUUAGAAAAUCAGAACCAGCAACAAAACCAGACGAUCCAAAACUUAGAAAAUCAGAACAAUCAGAAUCAGUUUUUGCGCCUCAUCCACUUACACUUGGAAGAACAGACCAAGAGGAUCUGCCUGCAGCUGGAGUCGCUGGAGAAAGUUCAGAUGAGGUGUGAUGAAGCAGAAGGUGAAGUCUGCCCACACCUACGAGAUCUGAAGGAGGAACGUCAACAACAUGCUCAGCUGAAAGCCUCCCAUUCAGAGCUCCUCAAAGCUGCCACCGAGCUCAACCAAGAGAAGGUGAAUUUGAAGGAGGAGCUCGAAACGUUGAGGACAGGAGUCGGUUCCUCAGGCCCUCGGGAAUUUUGGGAAUUUAUUUUUAAAUCUUAUAAGAAGAGCAUGUCCGAAGAUCUGAAAAGUGUGGAGAACAGGUUAUCGGAGGAGCGUAGAGAGACAGAGAGACAACGACAGAGGAACACAGAACUGUUGGAGGAGAUGGAGAUUCUCUGUGAUGAACAUGAAAAGAUCAAACAGGAGAAAACACGUCUGCAAGAGCAAAUCCAGCAGAUGUGUGAAGAGCUGCAGAAAGCCCACGCCGAGGAGGAACCAACUUCUCACAUGACUGAAGGACAAAUACAAACUCCACGACGAAGAAGAAGAAGACGAGGACGAGAGCGCGAGAGGAGAGGAAGAGGAGACGAAGGAGGAGGAAGACGGGACAAACUAGAUGAAACCCCAGCUCAGACCUGGGUUAGACCUGGGUUAGACCUGGGUUAGACCUGGGUUAGACCUGGGUUAGACCUGGGUGAGAUCAGGUUUAGAUCGGGUUUUCAGACCUGGUUUAAACCUGGUUUAAACCAGGUUUAGACCUGGGUUAGACCUUGUUUAGUCCUGGUUUAGACCUGCUGGUAUUACGACAUCCGUCCGGUAUUAUGACAUGUCUCUAUUUACUCUGUUUUUGUUUCGCACUCAUGCCUCACAGCAAGAAGGUUGUGGGUUGGAUUCCCGGGUGACCCGGGUUUUUCUGUGUGGAGUUUGUGUUUCUCUUCGUGUCUGGAUGAGUUUCCUCCGGUUUCCUCCAUCAACACAAAACCUGCUCCUGUUCUCCAGAACAGAUGAGAGUCAAAGACACUUAAACACAAUCAAUUCAAUCAUUGUGUCCUUGGGCAAGACACUUCACACACAUCGCCUCGUAUGAAAGUGGUGUGUGUGUGAGUGAUGGUGGUGUUCGGAGGGACCGAUGGCGCCGAUUGACAUGGCAGCCGCGCUUCUGUCAGUCUGCCCCAGGGCAGCUGUGGCUACAACAGUAGUUUACAUCAGCAGGUGCAGAGUGAAUGAAUAAUGCUGAAUAAUGUUCUGUAAAAUAUCUUUGUGACAAAAAGCGGCGUCUCUAUUCAGACGCGCCGCUAUUACAACAUGUUUUAUAUUUGUGACUACAAAAUAAAUCAACUAUUCUAAAUA